AUGGAAGAUUAUAGUGUUGAUAUGAAAGAGUAUUAUGCUGAAGUAGAUGCUGACAUUAGUGAACAAUAUGAAGAACAAGUUGAUGUAGAUGAGGAUGACGAACAGGUUGAUUUAGAUGGCUUCAAAAGUUUAAUUGAUUCAGAUGGUGACACAACUCUUGAAAGAGCUUGUAGGAGUGUUAGGAAAGACAAAAUAAGGUCUAAAACAUCUGGUGAAUGUCCCUUUUAUCUUGGCCAGUCAUUUCCUGAUAAGGACAAUAUUAAGAUGAUGGUCAAGAAUCAUGCAAUUGAUUCUCGGAGACAACUCCAUAUUACAAGGAAUGACAACACCAGAUUCCGUGUUAUAUGUACGGGUGGGAUUCCAAAAUGGAGUAGUUGUGAAAUAAAUGCUGGAGGACCCUCUCAACCAACUGCAUUAAAGGGUAAAUCUGGAAAUACCCAAAAUGCAACUGGGCCCUCACAAGUGGGAACAACAAAUGAAGAUGUGCCUAACCCUAAAAAUAAUACACCACCCACUUGCCCUUGGAUGCUUUAUGUUUCUAAAGUUAAAAAGGCAGGCUCUUGGGUUGUGAAAACCCUAAACAAAGAACAUGUAUGUCUAAACACCAGAGAUGUUAGACUGUGCACAGUUGCCUGGUUAUCCAAAAAAAUUCAACACACUGUGAAAAACAAUCCUGGGAUACCACUUAAAGCUCUACAAGAAGAUCUACAAAGGAAAUAUCAAGUUGAAGUGACUUUGCACCAAGUUUUUAGGGCUAUGAUGAAGGCAACAGAGAAAGUGCAGGGUCACUACGGGGCUCAGUAUGAGAAUCUCAGGAAUUAUUGUGAGGAGCUUCUCAGAACUAAUCUUGGAAGCACAGUUAAGAUAGAUGUUGAACCUGUGGCAAUCCUAGCAGUCCAACAAGGGAGACCUAUACUGGGGCUUGAUGGAUGUUUUUUGAAAGGGCCAUUCCCUGGCCAGAUUCUCACAGCAGUAGGAGUGGAUGGCAACAAUGGGAUUUAUCCUGUUGCCUAUGCAGUGGUGGAGGCUGAAACAACUGCAAGCUGGACAUGGUUUCUUCAGUGUUUAGGUGAUGAUCUUGAACUGGAACAUAACAGCAGGGCUAGGUGUGAUAUUUUGCUGAAUAACAUCUGUGAGGUAUUCAAUAGGCAAUUGAUACAAGGUAGGGACAAGCCUAUAAUAACCUGCCUUGAGUAUAUCAGAGAGUACCUUAUGAAGAAGAUUGUUGUGGUGAAUAACAAGAUUGGCAAGUGCAAAAGCCCAUUAACAACAGCUGCUACUGCUGUGCUUCAAACUGCAAAGACUGAGGCUGCAGAAUACAUUGUGAUAUGGACUGGAGGAACAAAGUUUCAGGUUAGCACACACUUCAAUGACCACCAAGACCAGAGAGUUGUGAUAUUAGAUGAAAGAACAUGCUCUUGUAGGAGAUGGGAUCUAACAGGCAUCCCAUGUAGACAUGCAGUGGCAUGUAUCUGGAACAUGGGAUUGCAUGGUAAAGGUGAUGGAGUUCCUGAAAAAUGGCCUAAAUCUGCAUGCCCAACCACUUUGAUCCCUCCAAGGUAUCACGUCCAAAUCAGGAGACCAAAAAAGAAACGAAAGAAGUCUGCACAGGAGAUUGCAGAGGCUAAAGUUGCAGCUUCAAAGGAAAAAAAGAAGGCUAAAGUUACCGAAUCUGUUGAGAAUGUCAGCAACAUGAUCCCUGCAACUGGUAAGUUGCCAAGGAAGGGAGGCUCAGUGACAUGUAAAAUCUGCAAGGGUGUGGGGCAUAACAAAAGAACUUGUGGCAAGUCUAGAAGGAAAGGGGUACAAGCACAGGCAGGGGCACAAGGUCAGGAAGGGGCACAAGGUUAG